ACAGUGUCAAACAUCCAGACACCAUCCAGGGUAAGUUUUUCUAGAGGAACUCUUCUUUAGUAAAUCCAGGAGAAUCCUCUGAUCAUGGACCACACUCUGGUGCUCCUGUUUUCCUUUUUCCAUGUCCUAAGAGUGGGGAUGGGAGCUCCUCUGAGGGGAGAUCAGCUUAAAGUGAAAGUGGGCAAAGAUGCGGAUACCCUGAUAAUCAGGCUGACCCAAAACUUCCAGAUGCCUCCCAACCUGACACUCAGCCCACCCAGUACAGAACUGGCAGGACUUGCCUCCAUAGUAGCCAUCCUGAAGGGUUACAACAACCUGAUCUCUGACACUUUUGAUGGCGUCGCCCAAGUCAAAUCUGAAAUCUCCGAUCUGACAAAUUAUAUCAAUCAGUGGAGACUGGAGCACUGCAGGAACCAGCCAAGUAAGCCUCUGGUACCAACGGACAGCACGACCAACGUUCAGCACCUGCAGAACCAAAAACGAUUCGUUCACACUGUGAGCAUCGUGGCUCUUAUGAGAGUGAAGGAGGUCCUCGGUCAGCUACGCAAAAACCCGGAUCUUCUAGAAAUAUGCUGAAAAAUGGACACAGAUCAACGUCUGAAUUGAGUUUAGUGAUAUUUUUACAAGGUUUUGGAAAAACAUGCACUUAUUUUCAUACAUAAAUUAUUUAUUCUGUGUAUUUUAACACCUAACUGUUUUUUAGCUACAUAACUGCAAUAUUUAAUCUGUUUAAUAUAUAUUUUGCACAUAAGGAUAUUUGUAAAUAUGUCUUAUGUUACCUCUGUUGAGUCAACUUGAGAUGAUUCAGCACUAAGAAGACUGACCGCAGAGGAAAUUAUGUGAGCAGGACUCUCAUCCCUGGACUUUCCAGUGAUCCAGGUGGGAAUGUUUUAUUAUCAGCAGAUGUGUUUGUAUAGAGCCAAAGGAACCAGUCGGAUAAAGGGCAACUUUCCCUAUUGUGCAAUAACAAUGUGCUCCAAACUGACUAUUUAAAACCAAAGAGGUUAAAUAUGUUUUUCUUCAAUUGGUUCUGUUUUAUGUAACUUUUGCAACAAAACUGAUGCAAUAUUAACCCUCGUUGUCGGUGUUGUGUAGAAAACGUCCACGUAAACGGAUCAAUAGAAUAACGUGAAUAAUAAAUGACGUGAAUACCUGGAAA